AAAAGUUGACAUAUUUUUAAUGUUUUCCUAAUUUUUGUAACCUCAUUUCUGGCGGUCAAUGUAUUACAUUCACAUCCUAUUGUUUAGUUAACAAUGAUAAAAUAUGUGAUAGUCAUUGCAAACCAAUGUGUAAACGUUGAUGUAAAUAAUAUAUACAUAAUGAGAUAAUUAUUAUUUAUCGAUAGGAUUACUGCCAAAACCAGACAAGAAUGAAUGUAUAUUCAGUGAUAGUCAGUAGUCAUAAUCUAUCGAAGUCGCUCAAGCUUUUGAAAUUGGUUAAUAGUAGGAGAUACUUUAGCAACAUGUCUCAGAAAAUAAGUCAAAAUAAAACAUAUAUUUCAGUAGAAAUUCCGGAAACAACCAAAGGUGCCUCAAGAGGAUUUUUCAGUAGAAUUUUUAAAAGAAACAAAGAAGUAAAAGAAAAACAAGAACCUAGAUUGAAAAAAUCCGAACUCAAGAGAUUGUUUUCUCUUGCCAAACCUGAAAAAUGGAAGUUAACUACAGCAAUAGGUUUCCUUGUAGUGUCGAGUACAGUAACAAUGUCAAUCCCUUAUAGUUUAGGAAAAAUAUUAGAUAUUAUAUAUGUGGGUAGUGGAGACUCAGAUGCAGCGAGAGCACGGUUAAACCAAGUGUGUGGUAUAUUGCUAGGUGUGUUUGUGUUAGGGGCCAUUUGUAAUUAUGCCAGAGUUUACUUAAUGUCUACAGCAGGAUAUAGAAUGACAAAUGCUUUACGAAGACAAGUUUUUGGUGCAAUAUUAAGACAAGAACAAGGUUGGUUCGACAAAAGACCUACAGGUGAACUUGUGAACAGACUGUCAGCAGACACACAAAUAGUAGGAUCUGCUUUAUCUCAGAAUAUAUCUGAUGGUUUAAGGUCUCUAGUCAUGGUAUUUGCUGGUACAGGUAUGAUGUUGUACAUGUCUCCACAGUUGGCAUUGGUUGGUUUAGCAAUAGUACCUCCAGUAGCAGUUGUUGCUGUGCUUUAUGGUAGAUUUGUGAGAAAGAUUUCAAGGAAAGUCCAAGAUUCGUUAGCAGAUUCUACAAAGGUGGCAGAGGAAAGAAUUGCGAAUAUAAGAACAGUGAAAUCAUUUGCACAAGAACCUAGAGAAAUAACUAGUUAUAAUAUUUCAAUUGAAAAUGUUCUUAAGUAUUGUUACAAAGAAGCAAAAGCAAGAGCUUUAUUUUAUGGCAUGACAGGGUUUAGUGGUCAUAUUAUAAUAAUAUCAGUUUUGUAUUAUGGUGGGGUGAUGGUGUCUUCAAAUACCAUAACAGUAGGUAAUCUCUCAUCAUUCCUACUAUAUGCCGCAUACAUUGGUAUUUCUGUUGGUGGAUUAUCCAGUUUUUAUUCAGAACUAAACAAAUCUUUAGGGGCAGCAACCAGAAUUUGGGAAAUAAUUGACAGAGAACCCACAAUUCCUACCCAAGGAGGUUUAAUUCCAAUGACAGACGUUGAGGGUCAUAUUGAGUUCAAAAACGUUAAGUUCUGUUAUCCUUCAAGAAGUGACAUUGAAAUUUUCAAAAGUUUAGUUUUGGACAUCCAACCAGGCAAAACGCUCGCCGUUGUUGGUCCUAGUGGUUCGGGCAAGAGUACUUUAGCGGCGCUUUUAUUAAGACUAUAUGAUCCUAUAGAUGGGGCAGUAUACAUUGAUAACCAGAAUAUUAAGGAGUUAGAUCCUGCAUGGAUUAAGAAACACAUCGGUACCGUUAGUCAAGAACCCAUACUUUUUUCUUGUUCGAUAAAGGAAAAUAUACUGUAUGGAGCAGAUGAUCCUCAGAAAAUCAAUGAUGACGAAUUUAUAAGAAUUUGUAAAGAAGCCAAUGUUUACGAAUUUGUUCAAAACCUACCUGAAGGUUUUGAAACUGUUGUAGGAGAGAGAGGGGUUAUGCUUAGUGGAGGCCAAAAACAAAGAGUAGCAAUAGCUAGAGCUCUUAUCAAAAAUCCAAAGAUACUACUGUUGGAUGAAGCCACUAGUGCGCUGGAUGCCCAGUCUGAGCAUUAUGUACAGGAAGCUUUAGAUAGAGUUAUGAAAGGCAGAACCGUUUUAACCAUAGCUCAUAGAUUAUCUACUAUUCAAAAUGCCGAUAUUAUUGCCGUUCUACAAAAUGGACAAAUUGUAGAACAAGGAAAGUACGAGCAGUUACUACAAAGUAAUGGACCUUUUAGAGAGUUGGUGCAACAUCAAACGUUUUCGCAAUUAAUGGAUGACUGAUUUUUAAUCACGGAUAUAUAGUAGAAUUGUAUAUACCUUAAAAAUUUUAUAUACAAUUGUUGAUAACUUUAUUUGUUUUCAAAUAUACAUGUUAAAAAGUAA